AUGAAAAUCUUUUCCACAGCGAUAUUAAUGUACUUCUUCCUUGGCAAAAAGCUUUCAGUAAAGCAAUGGAUCGCUCUGGUGAUCUUAGUGAUAGGUGUAGUAGAUGUUCAACUGAUAUAUGCGCCGUCGAUUACAAAAGGAACAAUAGAACAGAGGCCAUUACUCGGCUUUCUCAGCGUCGUUGUGAUGUGCUUCACUUCAGCAUUCGCCGGUGUGUACUUGGAAAAAGUGCUUAAGGAGAGUAAAGCAUCAGUGUGGGUGCAAAACGUGCGGCUGGCAUUGGUCGGCAUACCUAUAUCCAUUUUUUCUAUGUUGUUCUACGAUGGCGAAGACAUUCGGAAAGAAGGAUUUUUUCGCGGUUGGGAUAUGUUUGUCGUUUUUUUGACGUUAACGAACUCCAUGGGUGGAUUGCUUAUUUCGAUCGUUAUGAAGUACGCAGACAAUAUAUUAAAAGCCUAUGCUCAGAGCAUAGCAAUCGUUGGUGCAGCGAUCGGCUCAUGGUUGCUGUUCGAUUUUGUACCCGGCCUCCUGUUCUCGCUUGGAACGGCACUUGUCAUGGUGUCCAUAAUCGUUUAUACCAUGUAUCCAUACCAAACACCUGAAUCAACCUAUGAGCGUUUUCUAACCACCAGUUCCGAUUUCCUGACAUUGAAACCGAAGAUCGUAGAACACAGAAAAACGUUGUGCGUAUGA